AAACACUCCGUGCCCCAAGGCCAGAGAGAGUGAGAGAGGUUUCUUGCGACCUAGGGUUUCCUCUACCAGCUUGGAUCCAUGUCCAAAACCCUUGGAAUCCCGCCAGAUAAUCCUUUUGUUUGAUCUUGCGCUCCCGGAUUCGCUCCCAAUUCCGUCUCUUUCCACCUAGUCGAUCCAGGGAUUAUUUCUCUUCCAUGAUUAUGUUUCUGUUUUCUUUCCUUGUGUCCUCUUGUUCGAUCGUGGAUUCGAUCUCUUCGGUUCUUCAGAAUCUCCGCGUCUUCGGCCCUGGAUUGAAUCCUUUCGCACCGUUCGGCAUGGGCAACUACUCGGUUUCCCGCUAACCUUCUGGCUUCCCGGGAUCCUCUUUUCGAACUAUGUAAACCCUCGAUCUUGGACCUGUUUCGAUCGAUCUUUUGUGCUCCAGUUUCAAUUCGUGCCACAAGAUCUAGGUUCUCCUUUCUCCUCGAAAAAUUCCUUUUCUUCCUUACGGUUGGGUUUUCUUUGAGGAAUCAUAUCAUAUCCCGUCUCUUCCUUCUGGAAGAAGACCAAAGAAAAAUAAAGUUUCGAUUCAGGGCUUUCUUUGGGGGAAUCGGCUCGCUCUUGAUUAUUUGGGCGUGUGGUUGCAAUUUGGGAAAUCAUGCUGCAAGAAGACGUGGCACAGCCUCGCCGCCACUUGUUGAGCAGGCGAUCCUUCAGGCAGAGGUCAAGGGAGAGGGACGAUAGGGGUUGGACCCUGCUUCACAUCGGUGCUCGGAAAGGUGACCUGAAGGAGCUUUUCCAGGUGAGGCGGCUGCUUGAUGAAGGUAUGGAUGUUAAUGUGACAGCAUGGGGCCCUAAGGCACAAGGUGCAACCCCUCUCCAUCUUGCUGCUCAAGGUGGACACCUCAGGGUUAUGGAUGAAUUACUUGAGCGUGGUGCAAACAUUGAUGCUAGAACAAAAGGCGCAUGUGGCUGGACACCUCUCCACAAUGCAGCCAAAGAGCGGAAUAAGGAAGCUAUCAAAUUCCUAAUUGAAAGUGGUGCAUUCUUGCCUCCUGACAUAAAUGACCACAGAUUUAAUCCACCCCUUCACUACUGCCCAGGUCUGGAAUGGGCCUACGAGAUAAAGCGUCUACAAGAUGAAAGCUUCUCUUCCAGCGAUACUACUUGCACUUCUGAGAACUGAGCCAGAUGCUUUCAUUGAUGUCACGUUCAUCUCGCGUACAAGUAUGUAGAACAGCUGAGACAUUAAUGUUGUGAUGUGUGCUUAGUUGUUGGCCAUCGACCUCCUUUUAGGUGAUGUAGACCGACUCCUUUUAGGUGAUGUAGAACUACGUUAUCUGUUUCAGGACUCUGCUGGCUUGCGAUGGAACGAAUAUAUUUCUCGAAGUUAAUGUAUGCGGUUGUGAAAUAAAGGUUGUUGUGCUUGUGCCGUUUCAAGGUUGCUA